AUGGCGUACUACUCGGCGAACGAUUUCUUAGCCGCCGAACCGGAGGUUUCGGUCGAGUUCAUCGUCGGCGCCCGUGGGUUAGCGUCGGAGCUCGGCGCGUCGGCGUCGACGGGACGACGGAGGAAUGAUGAUGAUUCAAACGACCGAGUGAAUGACGUGCCGGAGGAUUUCGCGACGAAGAUCCCGCUGUGGUGGCUCGAGGGGGCGCUGUGGGAGGACGUCGAUCUCGUCGGUGUCCCGGACGCGUUCGAUGACGACGUGUUCGCGUCGUUGGAGGCGCCGAACGGGGGGCGGAUGACGGAUUUGCGAUCGCGAUGUGAGAAUUAUUUUGGCUUCGGGCGACGCCUCGUCGCGGCGCUGCGGAGGCAAGAGGCGGCGGCGGAGAACGGGGACGUGGAGCGCGUGGAGAGAUUGGGGGAGAAGAUUGAACGGGCGUUCGCGCGGAGGUGGUCGGAGUGCCUGUGUGAAGUCCUCGGGCGGUGCGACGACGCGGAUGCGAUUGAGCGGUCGCUGACGCGGGAGGAGCGGAAAAUUUGGAACGCGGGGAGAGAGGCGCAAAAGGCGUACGAACGGUGGAGAUACGGGAGAGGUGAGCGCUUGGUGGCGUCGAAGAUCGUGCAGGACGCGAAGAGGAGGAAGCGCGAGGCGAAUAACGCGAUGUGA